AUGCAGCUGCAUGCCCAUGAAUCGGGGGUUCUGCCGCUGGAAAAGCUGCUUCGCGUACAACUACAAGAAGCUGCUUCGCCAAGAAAUAUAUUUAUCGCACUGAUGGCAAUGUUGGCAACUUUAAAUGGACAUGAGGCGGCCGAACAGAAGACAGCCACUUUUUUACUUGCAUCAAAGCUAGUCUCUCAGGAGCGCAAUGCGAUUGGAGUUGCCCUUUUGAAAUCAGCAUCUGCUUCUUUGAUUGAAUGCCUCUGGGAUGGUUUAACGUUAAUUUCGUCAACUCGUUCCCUUAAAAUAUCGGCCUUGCAUUGCAAAUCCGAUGCAAAACAGCCACCUGUGAUGGCAGCUGCAUCAAAAGAAAAUAAUGCGACUGCAAUAGCCGCACUAGGUUAUUUGCUUUCAAUUGUGGCGCCGUCGAAAUUUUACUUGUUCUUUCAACGAGCCCUUCCAGUCGAUCAACAACUGCUUUUAUCGGUGGUAGAGUGUGCAUUUGAGCACAUAGAGGCUGGCCCUUCCAAGGAUAAGCUGAUCACUGCACUUUUGAAAAUUGGCAACAAGCUUCCCUCACAAUUGAUCCGUAUCCUCGUCAAAGGAUAUGCUACCCUCGCCUCAUGCUCGCAUAUUCUCUUCAAUCCAGAAAAUAGCUGUCACAAAGAAGAAGAGAGCGAGCAAAUGAAGACCCAAUCUGUAGUUGGGGCUCUGAUUUCGUCAGCUGUGUUCACGGAUCGGAAUAGCACCGAUUUUUUCAUGGCAUCGGUAGUUCCGUUCUCGCAAACCGUGCCUGUUCAUCGGCGCAUACAGCUGCUUUCGCUUUUACAAACAUUGCGAGUUUGCACAGAGGCUCUUGCUUGCUGGCUUGCACAGGCCAUGAAUAAUGACUCGUCGGUGUUGACCGUCCAAGUAUUGAUGCGUUCAAUUUUUAUUGAUCGUGGGAGUUGUGACCCCAUUCCCUUGCUUGCAAAGCUUGCCACGGCAUUAGGAGAGGUUGCAUCGAGUGAGAGAAAAGAUCUUUUGCGUGUAAUUGGCCUUCUUGUAAGAAACUUUCUCUCCGAAACUCAAUGCAUCGGCCUUUCGCAGCGUAUAAUGUCAGAGAUAGAGGGGUCGAUGAUGGCGCCAACUGUGUGCUCUGCGUGCCCAACAUCAUGGGACAUACUAGCGGUCUUGGCUCCGAGAUCAUCGGAUGCACUCCAAUUUUUACUAAAGCAUGCAGUGGCACAUAGCGUAAGCUCAGAGAAGGCCCCGUUAAGGGCACUGGAAAAUUUCAUUACCCAAUGCAAUGAUGACGACAAUAGUCAUCACAUUCAAGUCGCGCGUAUUCUGACAGCUGCAGCGCCAUCAAAGCUUACUUAUCGGAUGUUGGAGAAAAUACUUACCCCAGCUCUGACAGAGAGUGAGCCGAAGAUUCUUGCAAUGGUUGUGCUUGGGCUCAAAGAGCGUUCGUCAUUUGUAAGAACUUGCGCAACACGGAUGGUUAGAACAUUGGCGUUGGCUACAGCGGCUCAUCCUGAAGUCAUGGUGCGCUUACUGGGGCGAAUCGCAGCAGGCGUGGCUACAAGCACGCACCCCCUUGCUCGCGCAGCAUCUCUUAAAGCCCUGGCUCUUACUGUUGGUUGCAUGGUAUCAACAGAACACUCCGCUCCAUUCGAUGAGCAUUCGCAAGCAUCUUCGGGUUCUUUAGAAGCAUCAUCCCCAUUUGCAUAUCUUAAGGAAUUGCCUCGGCUGAUCGAUUAUAUUAGACCAGAAGCACGGACUGAAGUUGAGGAUGCAACGCUUGUUUUGGUCGCAAUUUUCAAGAAGAUUCCUUCGCGAAAAUUGGUGGAGCGCAUAUUUACGCUCGCACCAACCCCACUGCUGCGCUCAUUUGUAUCCCUGCUUAUUGUGAAAGGUAUGGAGGAUCUUGUACCUGAAAACCAACGACGCAUUGUUACGGCCGUCAGAAAGGCCCGCUCCCGUCUUCGCAGGAAAGCGCAGUCCCAUCGCUUGCCCAAAAUAGGGGGAUCAUCAUCGCCUGUCCAAAGCCGGGAUCAACAGGAAUACUCGCAAGACGAAGAUGAGCUUAACUAUGACAUACAUGGACGUCUUGUGCUACCUGAAGAUCAAUUCAUUGAUCAUUUGAAUCCUUGCCACCCUGCAGUUGAAGAAAAAGAGAUAGACUCGAUUGAACAACCCGAGCGGCAUAGUGCAGCGGCGCCGGAAAGGAGACGAAAGCGUCUUAUCCCGUCGCAGAAGGUAUUGAAAUCUUACUCUUUUAUUCCGCUCUCUCGAAAGCUGCUUGGUACUCACAGAGAACAAUUUAUUGCCUCCAUCACCAUCACGAUCAAAGUGCGCAAUCAAAACCGAGGUGUGCAUUAUUAG